AUGUCGAGUGCUAAAACUCGAGAGUCGGUCAAAGUUGCAGUCCGCGUAAGACCGAUGAAUUCUAAAGAAAAGAACGAGAAGUAUUCAAAUAUUGUUAGAGCAGAUAAAAGGAACUCAUCAAUCUAUGUUAAGAAUCCACAAGGCUCGGAGCUUCAGUUUACCUAUGAUUUUGUAUAUCCUGAGAACACAACACAAGAAGAAAUUUACGAAAAUACCGCCGCACCAAUCGUUGCAGGAGUUUUAGAAGGAUUUAAUGGAACAAUUUUUGCUUAUGGUCAAACAGGCACUGGUAAAACAUACACAAUGGAUGGUAUAGCCGAUGACAAAGAAAGACGCGGUAUUGUUCCACGUGCUUUCGAGCAUAUUUUUGAUUUUGCAACUGCUAAUGCUGAUACCCACAAAAUUGUCAUAUCAGUUACAUAUGUCGAACUUUACAACGAAGAAAUUCGCGAUCUUUUAAUUUCAUCCAAAGAAAAACCAGUUCCACUUAAAAUCCAUGAAGAUCCACAAAAGGGUUUCAUUAUUAAUGGUGUUAAAAGCAGACCAGCCAAUAGCUUUGAAGAGCUUUGUAAGAUUCAACGCGUUGGUUUUAAGCGUAGAAUGACUAGAAAAACUAAUAUGAAUGACGAUAGCUCACGUUCUCACUCUGUUUUGACUCUUACAAUCGAAACUCUUACCGAAAUUGAAGGAUCUCAGCACGUUCGCCAAGGCCGAUUAAAUCUUGUCGAUUUAGCCGGCUCAGAGCGUAUUGAGAAGACCAAAUGUGACAAAGAUGGUGUCAUUGAAGGCAUUUCCAUCAACUACGCUCUCAUGGUUCUUGGUAAUUGUAUUUCCGCUCUUACAACUAAAGGAACUCUUCAUAUUCCAUACAGAGAUUCGUCACUUACAAAGCUUUUACGUGAUUCUCUUGGCGGAAAUGCACGUACAGCUAUGAUCGCUAACAUUGGUCCUGCAGAUUUUAACUUCAACGAGACAGUUGCUACAUUAAGAUACGCGGAACGUGCCAAGAAGAUCGAGAACAAGCCAUCCGUCAACAUGGAUCCAAAGGACGCCAUGCUUCUUGAAAUGCAAAAGGAAAUGCAGCGACUUCAAGACCAAAUCAAAGGUGGUCCUGCCAAACCAUCUCCAGAGCAGUUGAAAGCGAUGGAAGAACAGCUCGAAAAAGAAAGACAGAAGAUAUCGGAAUCAACAUCCAUGGAAGAAGAGCAAAAAGAGAAGCUCAGCAAGCAACUUGAAAAGAAGAAGAAGAAGAUUGAAGAAGAAAAAGCCAGGUUGGAGCAUCACCAGAAGAAACUUGAAGAAAUGUCAAAAUAUUUAGUUGGCGGCCAAACAAAUCUUGUUCAAAGAACUAAAGAGCAGGAAGCAGAGAUCCAAAGAGCCAAAGAAGCCAUGCAAAAGAGAGUCGAGAAACAGAAGGAAAUCGAAAAAGAACUUAAUGAUAAAAAGCAACAAGCGAAAGAUUUGAUUGCACAAUGCAAAGAUUUGAAUGACAAGGUCAAGGUUGUUAGACAGAUCCAUAAGGAUAUGUGUGAUAACUAUAAGAACUUGCAAAACAAGUUCCCUGAAGUUCAGAAACAAAUUUCUGAAGAUAGAGAACAAAUUUCUGGUGAAAUCGAAUCAUUGCAGAAACAAAUCGCUGCUUUGACAUUGGUUAUCGAUAAUUUCAUGCCAGAAGAAGAAGCAAAUGAAGGAAAGAAUAAUUUCGAAUAUGAUAAGGAAGCAAGAAAAUGGAUUCCUAAAGAAAAAUCUAAAGAAGAAGUUUUGAAUAAGAUUACAAAUGUAAAACGACCAAAAAGUGCCAACGGUUUGCCAAGACCUACAUUUAUUUCAGGUGGAAAGAAGUUGUCACAACAACCUGCACAGGAUGAAAUAGAAAUUUUGAACUUAGAACCAAUGCCUAUUGAGAGUUUCGUAAAAGAUGGACCUCCUAUUAUAGAUCUCGGUGCUUACGAAGAAGAGAUUGAAAAAGAAUUCGCUAAAGAUGAUGAGGCUGACUUAGAAGUUGAAAUACCUAAUAAUUUACCAGGAUAUAUGUAA